GACACAUGCAUGAGACUAUACAUGUUAUCAGUCGUAACCCACAGUUUCCUCGUUGAACAUUAAGGUUUACUACGUAUAACGGUGUAAUACGUGAAUGGUGCACGAUGAACUUUUUGGCCCAUGGGGCCGAAUACUCAUCAUAGUGGUGAUAGCAUUAGUCGUCGUCAUUAUCUUGCUCGUGAUCGCCUGUUAUCUAAUGCCAGGAUGCCUUGGAUACGAAUGCAUCAGGAAACGAAAAAGAGAAGCAAAAAGUGUGCCAUUAUGUCUGAAAGGCAAACAGAAUGAAAAUGUGAAGUUGAACGAUGUCAGCUACAGAUCUUGGAGAUUGGGCAGCCUCUACGAAGGCAGCAGCAAUGGUACGAUCGAUGAGAAUGCAAGUCCAAACGAGAAUUCCUAUAAUUCCAGCAACGCUCAGUUUGGUUUUACCGAUACCUCAUCCACCCUGAACUUGGUGCAAAAGGAUAAGCAAAAAGCUGAGAAGAAACAAAAAGAAUUCCCCACUGAAUUGACAAUAAGCUUGCAGUAUCUGCCGCCUUGCGAUGAGACUAUUACCGGUAAACUCGUUAUCGGUGUCGAGGCGUUAUCUGGUCUUCCUCCAAAGCAAUACAAUUGUACGUUGGAGCCAUACGUGACACUAAACAUUACGAAGCAAUCGUGGAAUCAUAGGAAACGACAAAGGCUACAUAGUUUUCGAACAAGAAGUAUGAGGCAUACGGCGAGUCCCCUUUUUAAAGAGGCGUUCGGUGUAGCGAACGUAAGUCCUCAGGAAGUUAAGGAAUGGAUUCUCGACUUUAUGGCAUACGAUCAUGACAGAUAUGCUAAUGACACGGAAUUGUGCAGCUUGAAAGUAUCCAUGAAGGAAGUGAAGCACGUUCUACAGAGCCCGGAAAUUCAUAUGUUCAAUUUCAGGAUGAAACCAUCUAAUUUGGAAUUUGGAAACAUUUUAUUAGGUAUAAGUUAUUUACCCACAGCACAGAGACUAGCUAUAAAUGUAAUGAAAGUACGUGAUGUCAAGUUUACACCACCAGUGUCGAGUUUAAACAAUUUUAAUUUUUAUGUUAAGAUAUUGAUGAUCAAUGGACGAACUGGACAUCGAAAAAAAAAAAAGACUAAAUCUGUCAUUGCGAAUUCACAAACAGAGUUCAACGAAACUCUGACAUUUGACGUAUUGUAUAAUCAAUUAGACAUUGUGCAAUUUCUUGUCGUACUAUGCAGCAAAGCUGUACCUCUUGAUAUUGUUGCGAGUAUUAUGGACCAUCCGAGUGAUAGUGAAGAUUCAUUAACAUCAAUUCAGAAAUCAAAUAAUAUUUAUAUCGGUAAGGUUGCGUUAGGAAAAGGAGUCAGAGGUUCGACAGAAAGAUUACACUGGUUUUCUAUACUUCAAAAUCCUAGAAAAUUAGUUAGUGUAUGGCAUGUUUUAAAAUAAUAAAAAAUUAGGUCGCAAAUUUAAAUUUUUAUGAACAUGAGUACAAUAAUAAAAUUAAAAUA